GAAGACAUUAAUAACUGGUGUAAUACAUCAGGAGCUUCAUUGUCUAUCACAAAAUGCAAACAUAUGCAUAUUUGCAGAAAACAAUGCUGCACUUGCCAAGUAUCCACACAAACACAUGUUAUUGAAUCAGUAAAAGAACUAAAAAUAUUAGGAGUAUCCUUCGACUCAAAAUAUAGUUGGAAACCACACAUCAAUAAUUUAACUAAAUCUCUAACUAAAUCGUCAAAUAUAAUAAAAUUCCUAGCAAACGAUAAGUACAAUUGUCAACCAACAACCCUAGUCCAAAUCGUGAAAAGCUUAUCCUUAUCAAAAAUAGAUUUCGGCCUGCCACUAUACGGACUAGCACCAAAAACACAAAUAAAACCGAUCAAAUCUAUACUCAACAACGCCCUUCGAACCGCGUUAGGAGCCUUCCGCUCAACACCUAUUUAUAAUAUCUACGUCGAAUCCAAUAUUACCCCUCUUGAAACUAGAAUACAGCACCUUCAAGCCAAAUUAUCAAAAACUAUAAUUCAAUCAACAGACACUCCGCUGAAACCAAUCCUUGACAAAAUCCUAAAAAACAAAAUAACAAAAUACAGAAACUCAGCCAUACAAAAGAGUAUCAUCUCCUGUAGCAACCUUGGCCUCCCGGUCAACCCAAUAAAACCCACGCCAAAGUCAAAUCCGCCAUGGAAUCUAAGUCCUGAAUCAAUAGACAUAGCCUUAAGCAAAUACAGAAAAGACCAAACAAAUUUGUCAGUAUUCAUAAAAGAAUUUUCAGACAUAAAAUCAAAAAUGAACAACUUCACAUUUAUUUAUACUGACGGAUCCCUUUACAACCAUAUACCUGCAUACGCCAUAACCACCGAAACCACUGUCCUUAAAAUGGCCAUACUUCCGACCUACUCCUCAGUCUUUACUGCAGAAAUAAUCGCUAUAUUAGAAGCCAUCGAGAUAAGCCGCACAAUAAAAGGAAAAAUCUGCAUCUGCUCCGACUCACUGUCUGCCUUAAAUUCAAUAAAAAACAUUGACAACAACUCACAUUACCCCACAUUAAUUAGAGAAUCAAUUACAAAGCUCUAUCCAAAAAUAAAAAUCUUGUGGAUUCCAAGCCACGUGGGAAUCAUAGGAAAUGAAUUUGCUGAUAACGCCGCUAAAUACGCAACUACAGCACCUUUGGUCACGACAAAAAAUCUCAACCAGACCGAUAUAAACAAAUACAUAAAAUCGAAGCUAUCUAACAAUUCACUAAACCUAUUACAAAACACAUCAAGCUGGUACCAAACUAUUAACAUAAAUUAUACUAACAUCAAUGAUUACUCCAAAAACAAGGAAAUCACCAGUCUAUCAAGACGAGAUCAAACUAAAUUCAUUAGAUUACGUCUAGGGCAUACAAGACUCACCCAUCAGUAUAGAAUGCUGCAAUCGACAUCUAACACCUGCCAGUUUUGCAACCAAGUUGCAAUGACUUUGAACCACAUACUUAAUGAAUGCGUAGCAUUUAAUCCUGCCCGAAACCCCUUCCCAAAUGGUAACCUCCAUUCUGCCAUUUCAAAUCCUACAACCAGCAACAUCCUGAGAAUCCUAAAUUUUCUUAAAAAAACAAAGACAAUCAAUCUUAUCUAAUAAUUAAGCGUCCAACAACACAAUAGAAAUAAGAAAACUAAUUUUCGAAUUAUAUAGAAUUGUGCAAAAACUUGAAUUUCACAUAGACUAAUACAGACAUUAGGAUUAAGUAAAUAACAAAAAAUGUAACUACGAAAAACAAAAAAUAAAAUAAAUGAGCCAGCCGAAAGCCUUAGUAGCUAUGGCUGCAACGCCCCCCCCUGUAGCUUUAGUUUUAACUUUAAGCUAACAGAAUGUAAAUAAAU